AGAAAAAGAGAAAAAAAGUGUGGUUGUCCAUUUCCUGUAAACCUUUUGUCUGCUAAUGCUGAGAGUAAGAACUAGGAAGAGAAACUCAAUGCUCGCCGUUCAGCCUAGUCAUCAGUAGUGCAGAGGAGAUCUCUCAAUUUUCCCCUGCCUUCGACUGUACGUUUUUAACGGUUUGUUUCGACGGCGUAUGAGGCCAUGAGGCGAGCCGCGAAGGGGAAAGCUCAGGAGAGUUCGAGCAGCUCUUUGCUCAGUAUACAGGAGAAUGAGAAGCUGGAGGAUCUGCUGGGCAGGAGGUGUGUGUCUCUGUCCUCAGCGGUCGUGCAGUUGCUUAUGGCUCUUCCGAGCGACCCGAACCGAUGGACACCACAGCAAUCUGGAGUCGUUUGUUUCGUCAAGGACAGUUCUCUGCGCUCCUUUUUCAUCCGUCUCUACGAUAUCAAGGCAGGGAAGCUGGUGUGGGAACAGGAAAUCUAUAACCAGUUGAUGUACCAAAAAACUAAACCCUUUUUCCACACUUUCCCUGGAGAUGACUGUCAAGUGGGCUUAAACUUUGCAGAUGUAAAAGAGGCUGAAAAUUUCUUUGCUGUAGUGGAGGACAAGAUCAUGCAGAGAAAUAAUCGCUUUGCGGAGAAACAGCAGAGAAAAGGAUCAGAAACAAGAGAUCGUGGAGCAUUGCCACCACUUCCUCCACCAAAUGCGGUACCAAGUAAUGUCCAGAACCAAAUCAUCCCAACCAAAUCGAAGAAAGAAAAGAAAGAAAAAGAAAAGAAAAGUAAAAACAAAAAAGGAUCCAAACUGUUAAAGGGGGAUAUUGGAGCACCAAGUGGGUUUACGCAUGUCAGUCAUCUUGGCAUGGCUGGCAACAGCUUAGACCCAGAUGUGAAGAAACUUCUGUCCUGCGCUGGGAUCAGUGAAGCAGCUAUGGAAGAUUCAGAAACCUCUCAACUCAUCUAUGACGUCAUCGAGCGUUCAGGUGGAAUGGAGGCUCUUAAAAAGGAAAUGAGCCAGCAGGAGGCUUCUCGCCCUCCUGUUCCAAGUGGACAUCGAGGCUCCCUUCCUCAAGUGCCAUCCGGGUCAGCACCACCACCUCUGCCACAAGGUAGAAUGGGGCCUCUACCACCUGUCCCGGGUCAAGGCUCUGCUCCACCUUCCCAUCGAGGCUCCCUUCCACCCACACCUCCAAGAGCAGUGGGAUCAGCACCACCCCCUGGUGGACCUCUGCCAGCCCGCUCCGCAUCAUUAGGGCCCCUACCAAAUGUUCCUCCCGGAGGACGUACUGGGCCUUUGCCUCAACCUCCAGGACCCCGAAGUGGACCCUUACCACCUCCACCUACGAAUCGGAGUGGAGGUUUGCCACCACCACUCCCAGGAGAACGUAGGGAGUCUUUAACCCCGCUUCCAGGAAAGAGACCUGGGGCACAAGGGUCCGAAAGGCGAGGUAAUUCCCUGCCGCCACAACCUGCUCAGACUCGACCACCACUACUUCCAGUAGCAAGGAGUUCCCCCUUACCUCCACCUCAGAGAGACAAUAGUGAAUUCUUACCACCUCCACCGGAAUCUGAAAUGCCUCCUCCACCUUCUGAUUUCUUCCCUCCUCCACCCUGUGAUUCAUUUCUCCCACCUCCUCCUGAUGACUUUAUUAAUUCUGUGCCUCCACCUCGUCCCUCUGAAUCCAACUUUCCUUCCCCAAACAUUUCCUCCGGCUACGCACCUCCACCCCCUCCAGUCUCUUCCAAACCUUGCGGGGGCGGUCCACCUGCACCACCUCCUCCUCCCGCAGCUCCUCCUCCACCGCCGGCUGCUCCUCCUCCAAUGAACUUUGGAAGCAGUCCCUCUCCAGCAGCCGCUCCUCCAGCAUCCAGCGGUGGGGAAGGAGGAAGAGGAGCAUUACUAGCCCAGAUCCAAACAGGGAUGAAGCUCAAAAAGGUUACUGCCAACCAAGAACCGCCUUCACCUGCUCAGGAUUCAGGAGAGGGAAUAGUAGGAGCGCUCAUGAUGGUGAUGCAGAAAAGGAGUAAAGUGAUCCAUUCAUCCGAAGAGGACGAUGAAUUUGAUGAUGAAGACGAUGAUGACGAAGAGUGGGAUUAAUCGUGAUGUAAUUGAAUUUUUCUAUUAUGCAUGUCAGUAGGCUUGUUUUGGAAAUAAACAACACUGAUUCAAUGCAUUUUCUCUAGGGAUAAAAAUGGUAAUUCAAUGCAUUUUUCUCUAGGCACGUUCACCGAUAUUUAACUUUAGGUUGAUAAAGUACACACAAAUUAUACUAUUAUUUAAAUAAUAAUAUAUAAACAAAAAGCAAACAAACAAACAAAAAGUGUUAGGGUCAGCUUGAAAUGAUUGUGAUUUUAGCAUAUCACACCAUUUUUCAUUUGUAUGAAAAAAGGGUUUUCAUUUUAAAAUUUGAUAAACAUUGCAAUUUGUGGGAGCAUAUGAUGACAGCAAAGAAAUUCAAAUAUAAUCUAAGAUUAAAAACUAGAAAAAUAGCCAUCAAAAUUACGUCUCCAAUAUUGGAAAUAUUGAAAAUAAUAAUAAUAAUACACGUGCUGCCAAAAUAUAAAAUGAUGCUAACCUAGCAUACUGUAUAGAGCAGUGGUAGCCAACCCGUUGAUUAUGAUCGACUGGAUGAUCUUUAACACUCCCCUGGUAGAUCCUGAAAAUGACAGAAAAAUAAGUAGAAGAAAUGCAUCUCGGGUGAUGCAUCUGUCUUUAUUUUGUUUGAGCCAACUCUUUAUUUUCAUUAUGGUUAACUGCUGCAAACGUUGAUAUACAGCUCUUCAUAUAACAUCCCAAACCCCGCAAGGUGUAAGGCCCUAUAUAAUAAGGGGGCAUUCACUUUUGUGUGCUCAAGUUCAUUAUUUCAAAUGAAGAUGUGGGGCUUGUAUGCGUAAAUAUGGAGCAAAGAGCAAGCAGUGCAACACGCUUGCAUUUUAUAUGUGCCUCUACAGCACAGUGAGUUAAAAACAUCUCAACUUAAAAAAAAAACAUCUCAACUGUGAAAACGCAAGGCAGAUAAGCAGCACACAAAACUUUUACUGCUAAUAAACAACUUAAAACGGCUCCUCUCACUUCAAACAACAUGUUCGCAUGUUAGCCUUUUUUAUAACAUUGUGAAUUAAUGCUGCAAAAUAUUGUACAAAACCGCAGUUACAAUUGCUGAAUUAAAUUAUAAUGUUUCAGUGUAUUUAUUAUUUUUGUAAUAGUUGUUAUUAUUUCUUUUAUGAUUAUUAUUUGUAGAAUUAUAUUACUCCUAAAAUGCUACUGUAGUACCUGUAGAAAAUCAUUUUAGCAAUCUUUUUUGUUGUAGUGGUUUUGUUUUUAUGGCACUCAAUGUAAUCUGAUUACUGCUAAUAUCACAAUGCGUUGUCACCCAUAUUUCCACCCUUCCAAAUGUCAUCCAGGCUUUAUCACAGGCUGUCUUGGUUGCAUCAAUUUAAAGUAAUGUAAAGUAGGUUAAACUAGGGCUUUUUACAUAGUUCAAAAAUGCUACAUUAAGAGUCUCAAGCUGUAAAUGCAAACAAAAAAAUGUAGCUUUAUUUUUCUGUCAGUUUUUUGAUGGGUAGAUCUUCCUUUCAGCAAGGCUGAGGUUAGAGAUCUAGGGUUGGUGACCACUGAUUUAGAGUGAUGACAAGGUAUCAAAGUCUGUGAGUGAAUUUAUUGUGUUCUAUACCAGUGGUUCCCAAUUCCGGUCCUUGGGACCCCCAGCCCUGCACAUUUUGUAUGCCUCGCUUAUUUGACUCACGGGAAGCAGUUCACGGAUCUCUCUGUUAACAAGCUGAUGAUCAGAAUCAGGUGUUUGAAGUAAGAAAGAAAUACAGAAUGUGCAUGGUGGGGGGUCCCAAUGACUGAAAUGGACCCUUUUCCCAUGAUGUCAUGCAGUGCUCGGUUUGACUCUAUGCAGUGUAUCUAUACUUCCAUGAACACAGAACUACCCAUAAAAAAUUCACCCAGUCACCUGUAUAUUUACUACAGAUACAUUUAGAUGUUGUUUCCUGUUGUCAAGGCCAGACAUCUGACAUCUCAAACAAACUUACCGAUCAGCCAGAUUUCGGCUUGAACCGAGAAAAUGGGACUUUAAACAGAGAGUUGUGUUGCUUUGUUUUGCUGUGUUUACCGUGUGAUGCAAGUCGGUAUGUACUUGUCAGCAUUUGUCAAAUAAAGAUUUCAGAAGUUUACACAGGUGCUGCACAUUUUUCAAAGUCAAAUUUAUGGAUUUGAGAGCUUUUUGUCCUAAAGAGUAAGUAGAUAAUAAAUAAAACGGUGGGGAUGUCCAAUAUCAGUGUUUCCCUCUGGUUGUUAACAGAGGACAGCUGAUUAAAAAACACAUUCAUGUUAUUCACAUUCUAUUCACUUCUCAGUUCUCUAGCAUCUAUCUAUCUAGACUAAGAUAGAAUAAUAAUAUUGUGUGUGAUUCUUACUAAUCAAACCAAAUCAUUCAGUAUUAAAUUAUUUAGAAUCAUUUAGUUUUGAAUCAUUCAGAAUUGAAUCAUUCAGAAUCGUUUAGUAUUAAACCAUUCAGAAUCGUUCAGUAUUGAACCAUUCAGAAUCGUUCAGUAUUGAACCAUUCAGAAUCGUUCAGUAUUAAAUCAGUCAGAAUCGUUCAGUAUUGAAUCAUUCAGAAUCAUUCAGUAUUGAAUCAUUUAGUAUGUAAUCAUUCAGAAUCGUUCAGUAUUGAAUCAUUCAGAAUCGUUCAGUAUUGAACCAUUCAGAACCAUUCAGUAUUGAAUCAUUUAGUAUGUAAUCAUUCAAAAUCAUUCAGUAUUGAACCAUUCAGAAUCGUUCAGUAUUGAACCAUUCAGAAUCGUUCAGUAUUAAAUCAGUCAGAAUCGUUCAGUAUUGAAUCAUUCAGAACCGUUCAGUAUUGAAUCAUUUAGUAUGUAAUCAUUCAAAAUCAUUCAGUAUUGAACCAUUCAGAAUCGUUCAGUAUUGAACCAUUCAGAAUCGUUCAGUAUUGAACCAUUCAGAAUCGUUCAGUAUUGAACCAUUGAGAAUCGUUCAGUAUUGAAUUAUUCAGAAUCGUUCAGUACAGAAAGAGAGACAACUGGACACAAGCCCAAUAAUCUAGUGUCAACAUGCAAUGUUAGUAUUUUCCAUUAGUUGUGAAUUUUCCUGAGAAGUAUCUCAUUCAUUUAAAGGUAAAACGGAAUUACCAAUACAGUGAAAAGCAGAAGUGAAGUGAGUCAUUGUGAAAAGGGUCUAUUGGGAACCACUGUUCUAUACAACAGGCUCAUAAAACAAUACAGAAAACUGCUGCAGUCAAUGUGAAAUGAAAUGUUGAUGGCUUUUUGAAGUGUGACCAUGCAAAGUUUAUGUUAUGUAGGAUGUUUUAUGUGUUUUGUAGCAUUUGAUUCGGUUUUUUUUUUUUCAAUAGUUAAAUGUGAAUCAGCACUGAAUGUACUCACCAUGUGUACUGUAAAUACACUCAAAUGUGAACUGAAAAGUGACUC